UUUGUGUGUGUUUGUGCCGUGUGUCUACGAUAUCGCGCGCGUGUGUGUAUAUAUAAACGGAUACAAGAGACACUUCGCGCGCUUUGCGUAAUUCGGUUAAAGGUCUCGCGUAGCCUUUUGCCGAACAAAAGAGAACAAACGAGUCAAACGACGCACAAAUUGACUGCAAACGCGCACGGCGAAAAAAAACUAAUUUGGAUUUACGCAACGUGCUACAGUCGAAUACAACGCUUGUACUCUAUUCUCAAUAACCACUCAACGAUUACCGUUAGAGCAGAUGUACAAUAGAGCGAGAGCAGAGAGAGAGAGAGAAAAGUAUCAGGCAAUAAAAUAAGUAACCGGUUAAAUAAACCCCCCGCAUCGACAGCGGAGCGUGGAAGUUGAACGCGCGCGCGUCGGGAAGAGGGGGGUGGGGGGGGGUCUGCGCUUUGCAUUCGUCCGCUGCGCUCUCGGGGGAUCGAAUGCACGAGCGCCUCUGUGCGUCGUUGUAUUCAUAGACAGCGGCGACGGCGAGGAGCGCACACGACGCUCGAAACACACAACAGACACACAGACGCACACUGAAACACACGCGCACGCGCGCGCUCUCGCUAUCUACACACGCGCAACGCACGCGCGCGCGCGCCGCCUUCACGAUCGGCGCGCUACCAGCCACGUCUCGCCCCGGCGAGCGCAAAAAAGGAACUUCCAUCUUUAUCGUUUGAGAAAACAACAACAACAACAAAACACCGGCGGUGGUGAAAGCAAACAAGCAGCAUCAGCAGCAGCUGCUUUACCGCAACCACCUCGAUCAGAAGCAGCAGUAUCAAUACCAGCAGCAGCAGCACCAUCUAUCAUCAUCAUGAUGGAGAGCGCGCAUCAAUCGCUCCUGCUGUCCACGGCCAACGCCAACCACACCACGGCGCCGCAGGCUCCAGCGCCGUCCCCGCUGCCCUCUCUACCACCGCAGAUGCCCGCGCACCCUCCCGUCGCAGCCGCGGCUGCCCCGGCGGUCGAGAGCGGCGAGCGACCUCCUCUGCCCUCGCAGCCAGCCCGCCGACCCAGGUGCCCAAGCAGCAGUCGAGCACAAAUUGAGGUGAUCCCGUGCAAGAUCUGUGGCGACAAGUCAUCAGGGAUUCAUUAUGGAGUCAUCACGUGUGAGGGCUGCAAGGGAUUUUUCCGGCGGAGUCAGCAAAACAAUGCAUCUUAUUCCUGCCCGCGGCAGCGCAAUUGCUUGAUCGACCGCACGAACCGGAACCGCUGCCAACACUGUCGCCUGCAGAAAUGCUUGGCCCUCGGCAUGUCGCGAGAUGCGGUAAAGUUUGGCCGGAUGUCAAAGAAGCAACGGGACAGCCUGUACGCGGAGGUGCAGAAGCACCAGCGGCUGCAGCAACACCAGCAGCACCAACAACACGGGGAAGCCGAGCCCCUCACACCAUACUCGAAUGGCAAUGGCUUGGGCAGCGGAAGUGGCAUCUCUCACGACCCGGACCACGAGCUGAGCGACCUCAACGACGUGUUUGGGCCAGAGCUGGCAGAGAUGGCCUCUCAGGCGGGGAGCGCGGGUGACAUGAUGAUGAGCUGCUAUUUCCCAUCAGCCUCCGGUGACACAAGCACUCCGCCCAGCUCCAACUCGUCCGCCUCCUCUGUGGGCUCCGUGUCGCGGUCCGGUUCGGCGUCAGGCCAGCCAUCUCCGGACCAGUCCGGUUUGGACAUAGAUGGUAACCGGCCCCGGAGUUUGGUGAUCAAGCAGGAGCCUGGCUCAGGCGUGGCCACAGCACCGUGCGUGGUGUCUGCCACUGCCAACAACGGUGCUGUUGGCAUGACAUAUGACCUUAAUGGUGACCUUACGUGCGACCUGGAAUUCUUGGCCAGUGCUUUUUGCAAUGGCCACUACGGCAGUGGGAAAACACCAACCAGUGAAAUUGAACACCUUGCCCAGAACAUUGUACGGUCGCACAAUGAGACGUGUCAGUACUCAACAGCGGAGUUGCAGAGGCUGGCAUGGCAAACAUACUCCUAUGAGGAAGUCAAGGUUUGCCAGAGUCAGCCUCUGGAGGUGAUGUGGCAGCAGUGUGCCAUUCAGGUCACCAACGCCAUCCAGUAUGUGGUGGAGUUUGCAAAGCGCAUUGAUGGCUUCAUGGACCUCUGCCAGAAUGACCAGAUUAUCCUGCUCAAAGCUGGGUGCUUGGAGGUGGUGUUGAUAAGGAUGUGCCGAGUGUUUAAUCCACACAAUAACACAGUGCUCUUUGAUGGAAAAUAUGGUGGCAUUCAGCUUUUCAAAUCGUUAGGCUGCGAUGACCUGAUUACUGCCAUGUUCGACUUGGCCAAGAGCCUCUGCGCGAUGCAACUCAAGGAGGAGGACAUUGCUCUCUUCUCGGCCUCUGUGCUCGUCUCAUCCGACCGGCAAUGGCUGCAGGAUUCAAUAAAGGUGGAGAAGCUGGCAGAGAAAAUUAACCUUGCCUUCCGGCAUGUGGUUUGCAAGCAUCGUAUGAAUGACAACAUGCUCAACAAGUUGCUGCCCAAGGUGGGAGUCCUGCGACAGGUGUGUGCGCUGCACAUGGAGAAGUUUCAGGAGUUCCGAGAGGGUCAUCAGGAGAUAGUGCACUCCCACUUCCCGCCUCUUUACAAGGAGCUCUUCAGCUCUGACAUCCAGCAGUUGCAGCCUGGCUCAGCAGCCAACGGGAACUGAUGCCACUGUCAUUUGCUGCCGCUGCUGCUAGUGCUGCUAGUGCUGCUUGUCUGCACGUGACAUUGGUUGAGGAGGGCUGUCCGGGGGGGUUUUAUGAACACCGUUCAGCAUGCGGCACAUGAGUUUUGAGUCGAGGCUCACAAGCUACCUGAAGCAAUAGCACAUGGGAUCCAACACCGGCUGCUUGUGUAUUUCACAGCCCAUUCUUGAUCUCCCUCGUCCCUCCUUGUACCCACCUUCAAUCCUAGCCAUUCCUCUCGCUAUGUCCAAGUGGUGUCAGCCAGGCGUUAAUAUUGAUGGAAGCCACUCGCACCCCCCCCCCGUCCCAUCUUCACACUGCAAGUCAACUUUUUUCAAGUGGUCUUCAGUGCUUAGCGGACAAUUGAGUGGCUGUCACAACGCAAACACAAAUGCAAUCAACGGAUGAUAGAUGCACACCAGAGCAUUAUGUUUGAAGGUAGGAUUGCAAAGGCACUUCUGCUGUGAAGUUUAGCAUGAUAGAAACUAUCGGCAGCUGGCUCAAGCUGAUGUUACCUCGCAUUUUCGCAACCAAACCAUCAGGAAUAUUUCGACACAACAGGGUCCGUUCCUCAGUGCUGCAGGUGAGUUUCGAGGGAGCUCAGGAAACUAUUUAGAGCUGCCCCAUCUUAAAUUAUUUUGAGCCAACAAUCCACUGCAUUUAUGGCAGAUUUAAUGGAUAUGCCACCAAUGUUAUGUUAAUCCAUGGCUCUAAAGCAUUUAGGGUGGAUGCACUCCUCCAAUGAAGUAGGAGUUUCAGAUCUAAUGAUGGAUUAUUUAAAGGCUGGCGCGUUUCAGUUCACUCAACCAUCUGAACGAAGCACAACAAGAUUAGUAUCUACACUGGUUUCAUGGUGUGCACCAUUCUUUUUAGAAGGGGUAAAACUUAAUUUUCAUCAUCAGGAUCUCCACAAAACUGAAAUGAACACUCGUUUUUUUUUGCUAAUUCCGGUGUGCAACAUGAACCAACGUAUAAUCAUCGCUAAUCAAUAUUUUUUUGUGAAAUAUCUUGUGAGGCCAGCUUCCCAUUGGUCCCAUUUUUUUCCAUUCUAAACGGAUGAGAACCAGAGCCAAUGACGAGGAAUCUUACUGCCGGUUUGCUAAAAGAAAAUAUUUAGUAACAAGAUGCACAGCGACAACAUGCUGUGUUGUAGCAAGAAACAGUGCUUGACUUCACUAUAUUUCACCUGUGUCCCACUUUCUACGAAAACUUGAACUUUAGUGAUAAGCGUCGCUUCACACAAAGCCUCGGCUUGCUGACGUUAUACAAAGUGUGAUGCUCAACAACUGAUCAGCAGUGUGUGGUAAAUGUAAAACGACAACAACAACAAACUAAGCAUCAACAUGAAAAUAUUUUCUACAAGCAGUAAAGCCUCUACUGAUGAGCAUUCUCCACCCGGAUUGGUGGUGUGCACUUAGCAAUAAAUUUCCAGCAGAAACCAAUAACAACAUUCUAACACAAAUUCCUGCCAUUUUAGUUUCACUUUAUCUGGGAAUACCCAGGUAUAUGGUAUGUUUUUGACAAGUCGUACGCGUUUUAUGCGAAACGUUAUUUUGAAAAACGUAAACUCUGUGAUUUGACUAUUUUAUCGCAGCACACUAAACACAAGUAUAGUAUAAAUUGCACAUUAAUUCCAAGCUGCAUGAGUGUAUUUUGUUUUCUUUCAACCAGUGGAGGCUUCUGGAAGAUUGGCCUGAAUCUCAUGCAGUGUAUGCAUGCUAAAUUGUUUUCUCAAACUUUUAACAAACUACUGAUAGUUUAAAGCGAUAGUAUUUUACACCUGAUGUGUUUUAGGCACUACAAACACUAUAUUUUGUAUAAUUUUAGAGUGAAAAUAAAAACAAAUGUCGUUUCCCUUUAAUUGCUUAAAGCAUUAUAACCUUAACAUUAACAAAAUAAGCACUUAACUCCGUCCCUGUCAUGAAGAGCCAAAGGAUUUGGCUCCGAUCACAGUCACGUCAUAAAAAAGUAAUGUGUAAACUGGGCUGUAUAUAUUCAUUUUAGCACUCACCAGGCAUCAGUGGUAUGACAAUUUUAGAUUUUAAAAGACUUGAAAUGUAUAUUUUAUUGGUUUCAAGAAAUUUCUCUUGGGGGGGGAAAAAAA